UUUUCCGAGGAGCUCGUGAAGGCGGCGCAGGAUCCUGUAGGCUGCGGCUCCGCACAGAUUAGCGCAGACUGUUGCUUUCAGAUUAAUUCUUUUAUGGGGGAUGAAAUUUAAGAGUAAUUCUUGACAUUAAUAACUAGAUUACCGGUGAUGUUUUACAUAUAAGUGUGAGGGUUGUCUAAAACUGGCAGCAGAAGGAAAUGACAUGUCGGCUGAACUUAACGCGGAGUUCUUGCCGUAACGUCUGCGCUGGAGGAGACGAGCCAGCGGCCGCCUGAAGUUUCUGCUCCUCGAUAACAAAGAGGGACGCUCCUCCGCUGCUGGGGGCUUUUAUUCGACGCCAUUGUUCGAGGUCAAAGCCUCGGAAACAUUUCAAAUGCAAGACGUACUCGUCCACGGUGUCUGCGUUGUAAAAGGACAUGGAGCACGGAGGAGGACCGUCUGAGUAGCAGCGAUUCACUUAUACAUUCAGGACUUCAUCAAAACCAGCGCCACCAGAUUUGAUCAACUAAAUGUGAAGGACCGCUGGGUCGAAGCUACCAUGGAUAUCUUCCCCCGGCCAAGCGGUGAGAUCCAGAGGAGGAACCCUCAGCACGACUUUGAGCUCAUUCAGAGGGUGGGAAGUGGCACAUAUGGAGACGUGUACAAGGCUCGAAACAUACAAACCGGGGAGCUGGCUGCUGUAAAGAUCAUAAAGUUGGAACCAGGAGAUGACUUUUCCAUCAUCCAGCAGGAAAUCUUCAUGGUGAAGGAAUGCAUGCACCACAAUAUUGUGGCCUACUUCGGGAGCUACCUCUGUCGAGAGAAGCUGUGGAUAUGUAUGGAGUACUGUGGUGGAGGAUCUCUGCAGGACAUUUAUAAUGUGACGGGACCUCUCUCAGAGCUGCAGAUAGCGUACGUCUGCAGAGAGACCAUCCAGGGUUUGGGAUAUCUGCACACGAAGGGCAAGAUGCACCGUGACAUCAAGGGUGCCAACAUACUUCUGUCAGACAACGGAGAUGUGAAGUUAGCCGACUUUGGAGUCGCAGCCAAAAUAACUGCCACCAUUGCCAAAAGGAAGUCUUUCAUUGGAACACCUUACUGGAUGGCUCCAGAAGUGGCAGCAGUGGAGAAGAACGGGGGCUACAACCAGCUGUGUGACAUCUGGGCUGUCGGCAUCACAUCCAUCGAGCUGGCCGAGCUGCAGCCUCCGAUGUUCGACCUGCACCCGAUGAGAGCUUUGUUUCUGAUGUCCAAGAGCAGCUUCCAGCCGCCCAAGCUAAAAGACAAGAACAAAUGGUCCAACGCCUUCCAUAACUUUGUCAAAGUGUCUCUGACCAAGAACCCGAAGAAGAGGCCCACUGCAGAGAAGCUUCUCUCGCACGUGUAUGUGGCCCAGACGGGGUUGACGAGGAGGGUCGCCGUCGACCUCCUCGAUAAGAUGAACAACCCCGACAACCACCAGCAUUACAGCGAGGUGGACGAGGAUGACCUCGAGCCCCUCUCUGCAGUCAGACACACCAUCCGCUCCACCAACAAGCAGGCCCGGGCCGAGAGGACGCGCUCAGAGAUAGACUCACACAAUGGGACAGACCAAGGAAGGCCCUGCUCAGGCCCUAGCUUCCCUGAGGGACACGGGGGGGACGCAGGUCAGUGACAGUGUAGUGAGACAGUGUGUGUUUGCAUCCCCGGCUCACUCACUGAUCAGGUGAGUUGCUCUGCAUGGGGUGACUUCAUAAUGCUCAGGUGAGGUUUGACUCGUCUCACCUGAUUCCUCCAGCGUCACUCUGUUUGUUCCAUAACUCUGAGUGACACUUAAAGACGAGCUGAGACGUACAGGAAGCACUG